AUGAGAGCGAAGUUGAUAAGUCUUCUUAUCGCUAUACUUGUUCUGGCGGAUCCGAUUCAGUGCCAACUCAGUGUGGACAACAGUCUUUGGGCGGCAUGCAAUCAAACUGGAACCAGCGCAGGAUUCAAACAGAGGAGCGUUGAUGACCCAUCCGAAGGAGACAAGUGCACUCUGGCAUUCAAUGUAGCCGUCAGAGAUGACGAUGAUGCUAGAGAAUUCUGUUCGCUAUAUGCGCCAUGGAGACUAGUGAGGGCUGAAAUCGAUGUGAAGGAUCGUCCGAGAGUUUUGUGUCAUGUUGAAGCCACAUUGGCAUGCAAGAAUGGAUGGAUUCAGAUGUUCGGAUACUGUUUCAGAAUGACUUCUGAACGUAAACUAGCCAAUCAUGCAGAUGCUCAAACGCAAUGUAACAACCUUGAAGAGGGCGCUACCAUCGCCUCGUUGCGUCACAAAAACAUCGUUGGUGUAUGGAGAAGAUACUUCCGUGGAAUCGCUCAAAUCUGGGUUACGGCCAGUGAGACGUGGCAUCAGUACAUUCAAAAAACGGGUACUGUAGAUGGAGAUGCGUUUGCUAUCGCAUUCACUGGAAAACACUACGACUUCUCUGUCCAUCCGAAUUCUCUGAUCCGAAUUGAUCCGAAAAUCAAAUUACAAGUGUUGUGUGAAUACAAGCCACCAAUGACAUCGGCGGAAAUCAAUUACUUGGGUAGAAGAUAUUCUGAAAUCUACUAUCCAUCUGUGAAAGUACCCAAUGGAAUUCUUGUUCGAUCUGCUUCUUCAUACACCACGAGUACCAAUAAUUUGGAGAUUUGUAAGAAAGCAUUGCUACCAUAUAUGGUAGGUGGCGUUGACCCAUUCUUGCCAGAUGCAGAGACAUUGGCUGCUAUCCAUGGAACGAAGCUUCCGUUCACGCUUCUCACUGGAUCUGGUGCUCGAGCAGGGAUCAAUACAGAAAAUAUGGCUUCAAAGGAGUGCGUCAAUGAGAAGAAAAAACUCUUAGUCGAGGCUCUCAAGAAAGAUGAUUCUAAGCAUGAAGUAGACGGUGUGGAAGGCACAGACCAUUGCGACAACAUGAAUACUGCGGCCAUUGUGCAUGAAGCAGGUGCAGCAAAACUGAAGACGAUGUCUGAUAGCAGAUCUCUCCCAAUAUGGUGUAAACUUGGAAGAAAGAUGGAGUUCAGAUACAAUACUACUCCGGGUUAUGAGAUUUUCCAUCGUUCGAAUGGAGAAGUUGUUGCUCAUCGUUUAUACAGCCAAAGAUUGACUUAUGAUGCAGCGUCGAAAAUAUGCAAAGAAAACGGAGGAUUCCUUUCUGGAAUCAACAGUUUAGAUGAGGCUGAUCAUCUUGGAAAACUCGCAACAGAAGCAGGCUUGAAGAAUGAAGCGAUCUUUUUGGGAGGAAGACGGAAGGAGGCAUGUAUUCAGCUAGAAACAGACCAUACCAACCCUGAUGCCUUAUGUGCAACUAAUCGAGUUAUUGAAUGGCAAGAUAACGUUGCUCAAGAUUUCCAUACGAAAUGGUGGAGAAAUGGACACGAUACGCAUAAGAAUCCAAGUUCAACGGUCGCCUACCUCCAAGAAUGCCUUACCUAUGUACAGGGAACGCCUUCUUGGGCUAACAACGAUACAACCGCAUUUUUGGACGACUAUCAUUGUGGCAUUGGUAGCCCCUUCUUUUGCACCAAUAAAGUGACGGUGACACCGGUGGAUCCGCUGUAA